AUGUUUAAAGAAGAGUUUGUCUCUCUGAGCUGUGAGGAGGACGACAGCUCUGCUGGAUGGAAGCUGAGGAGGAACACAACCAAAGAAACCAGGAAGGAGUGUGAUGAAUGGGGAGAAUCAGCUGGUUCCUCCUGUAAAUUCAGCCACAUCGUCCCACUGGACAGUGGAGUUUACUGGUGUGAGUCCAGAGAGGGAGCAACCAGUAACAGCAUCAACAUCACUGUCACUGGUGGACCAGUGAUCCUGCAGAGUCCUGUCCUCCCUGUGAUGGAGGGAGAUGAUGUCACUCUGCACUGUAAAAAUAAGACCUCCAACCUCCCAGCUGGUUUCUAUAAAGAUGGCUCCCACAUCAGGACUGAGCCUGCAGGUCACAUGACCAUCCACCAUGUUUCCAAGUCUGAUGAAGGCUUCUACAAGUGUAACAGCAGCAGUCAUGGAGAGUCUCCAUCCAGCUGGAUCUCUGUCACAGGUGAGGAAGUUCAAGUCAAAUCAAGCCAAAGAAGCAGUAACGUUACAGUGAACUGA